AUGCCUCGAAGUUCGCAACACUACGCAAUGGACAGUGAUGAUGAGGACACUCCACUACAUCUCUCGGACAAGAAUGAAGCCGAGUACAUCCCCUUGCGUCCUAUUAGCGAGGACGAUGACGAGAGUCCCGCUCCACUAGGGUUUGAUGCCGUUUGUGACGGGCAAAGUGUCGCGCUCAGUAAACAAAACAGGGCCGUUCUUGAUCGUCAACUCAAUGGAUUUCCAUCUACUCGCAAUAACCAGGAGUUUUCUCUGUGGUCGUAUGCUACCAAACGGGACAAAAUGGCCAUUGUGUUGAGCUCAAUGGCUGGUCUUGUUGCGGGAGCUGCGAACCCAUUCAUAUCUGUUCGUCCACCUUCUCUCUCAAUCAUCCCAUUUUCCAACAAAGACAAGCGACAAAAAGACUGA